AUGGCUGUGUGUAUGAAGCAGCUGCAGGCGGCGCAAAGAUUCCUAAGUGGAAUUCGCGAGUUGGCGACGUAUGCCAAUUUUGUUGAGAAGCAGGCUGCUGGCGUAAAGAAAUCUUUGGAAAAAAUGUCGGCAGUGAGUCCAGGGGAAGCCGCAGGAAUUCUUGGAGCUAUAGAUCCACAGGUCUGGAGCCCUUCCCACGUGGAAGGGUUUCGGUUGCUUUUGGCGAGCAAGACUAAGGCUGUGGUUGCAGAUAAUGGUACUGACAGAGAUCAGUUGCUUUUUGACCUGUGCGCCCACGCGGCGAAGCUGACGUUGCGGGUUGCAACGGAAGGUAGCAAAGCAACGAUUAUCGCGUUGGCCUACUGGACACAGUUAUGCCAAGGAAUGACUGCGAAGGAAAAAUACAACUUGUACCUGCAGAAGAAGCCCGUCGUGACAAAGUACUUGUCUGUGCCGCCAUCGUCCACGACCAUUUUGGAGUUGCCUGUGUCAUGGAAAGAUUUGCCCAGUGAAGUUGCACAGUCCGUGUUUCCUACGGGGAAACCGAUGGAGCGGAAGGAGUUUGCUGCUGAUGUCAUGCAAUUCGUGCGCAACAUGCCUUUGCGAAAGGAUCAUAAACUUCUGCAGGGGGAAGCGGACAUCGCUGCAGGUUCUUUGUCCUCAGGGUCUGCAUCAUCUGGCUUAAGUGUGGAUGCGAUUUGCAAGGUUGUCGAAGCAUGUUCGCGGGGAAUGCAGAAUGCUGGAACACAGCAAGUAUUAUCGUUGUCGAGUCCGGUAACAUGUCCGGUGCCUGCGCAAAAGGAGCUGUUGGCGGUUGAAGAUGGUCUUGUGGAAGAGAAGACACCUACGGGGUGUCUUCCAAAAAAACCUGUGCAAGACGAGCAGAAGGAUCCGGAGAUGUCAGUGGAACAGCAGUUGGAAGCAUUACAAGGCAACGCUCGUUUGUUGGAGGAAGCAGCUUUGAAACGUCCUGCGUCAAAGAAGGGCUUGAAGCGGCCAGCAGCUGCAAUUGGCACGGUUGCGUACGCCGCAAUUUGUGCGUCAAGCGGUGCUGAAGAAGGUACCGCGGACGCUCAAGCUCCGUUUCCGCAACGGAUGUCAGAAGUGUCGGCGGAGGUCGUUGUGUACGCCAAGCUGCUGGGCAGAGCCAUGGCGCCGAAGGGGAAGACGGAGGAAACUCCUCGUGAAGGUGAUGGUUCGGAAUAUAGCUACAUCACUGAUGAGGAGGCCACCUGGCCCGAACCAGCUGCCGAGCCACCUACGCGGGGCGGACCUGGGCGCAUGACUGCGUCGAAGUCGAAGGCAGUGAAAAAAGAGAAGGAUGAGCGGUCGUCGAGCGAUCGCGGGCUACGUGCUCGUCCAAGGGACUUGCCUUCUCCUUUCAGCCCUCCACGUGAGAGCUCACCCAGGCGUGCCAGGCGUGAAGGCCGCAGUCGUGACAGAAGCUCCAAGAGAGCACGUAGUGUGGCGCCAGAGGCCGCGCGGAGUCCCAAGAGGACACGGAGCGUUGCGGCAGCUGACGCGCGUAGCCCCAAGAGGGCACGGAGCGAAUUGCCGGCAGCCGCGCCUCGAUCCGCACUGGACAUGCCUUUGUCGGAGUAUGGCAAAGAUUUUGGCAAGGCGAGUGACCUGUCCCUAUUGCCACGUGGAAGUGGCACGGACUGCCCGAGGAUCUGCAUUGAGCCAGCACCAGUGGUUCAGCGAGUACUGCAUAGCUUGCCAGCUGUGGCAGAGAGGCGAGAAGGUGAAACCAACGAGGAGAAGGGCCCCGCAGAGCCAUGGCCUGAGGAGGAGGUGGUGCCUGCCAGAUCGGCACGGCAUCGUCAGGCACGCGAAGAAGCAGAGUUUGAUGAGGCUAUGGGCCCCAGGAGAGAGAAGAUUCCCACCAAGGAGAAGAGCCCCGGCAAGGAAAAGAAGAAGGACAAGAAGCGUCGCCGGAGACACCGCAAGCCCAGCCCGACACCAGAGGUGGAGCGUCCUCGCAGGCGUAAGCCGCCGAGCGACGAGGAUGACGAGGACGCAGGGCACCGCAAAAGGCGCCGCGAUGACAAGGUCUGGAUUCAGGUGCCCAGAUCAUCCUUGAUGGCCCACUAG